AUGCAGAAACAGGCAAAGUGGGAUAUUUCCGCCACUAAUAUUUCAAAUUUUGGUUCGAAAUUUGAGAAAGAAGCCCAUUAUCAGGCUGGAGCCAGAGAGCAGGCAUGGGCCAAUCCUGGUACAAAAGUUGGAAAAGAAGCUGGUCUCUGGGUAUGGCGCAUCGAGAAGUUUGAGGUGAAACCAUGGCCAAAAGAAAAAUAUGGAAAAUUCUAUUCAGGCGACAGCUAUAUCGUUCUUCACUCUUAUAAAAAGAAUAAGGACAGUGAAGCUUUGGCACAUGAUAUUCAUUUUUGGCUUGGACUUGAAAGCAGUCAGGAUGAAGUGGGAACUGCGGCAUACAAGACAGUAGAAUUAGAUGAUUUCCUGGGGACUUCUCCAGUACAACAUCGCGAGGUUCAAGGCUACGAAUCAAAAUUGUUCCUUUCAUAUUUUCAACACUUUCAUGUUGAGAGCGGUGGUGUGUCUACUGGAUUUAAUCAUCAAAACCCACAUGAGUAUCGCCCUCGUUUGCUUAAGGUCAAAUUAAUUGGACGAACAGUGGUGAUCCGAGAAGUUCCAAAAGAUUAUACAUCUUUGAAUUCUGGAGAUGUUUUUGUUUUAGAUAUUGGAAACACACUUUAUCAAUUGAACGGAAAGAAUUCUCAGGGUGUCGAAAAAGUCAAAGCUGCAGAAUUUGUUCAAGCUGUGGAAAGUGAAAGAAAAGGACUGGCUAAGACUAUUGUCAUUGAUGAAGGAGACAAAGAAAUGCAAGAAUUCUGGCGAGCGCUUGGAAGUAGUGGUCCAAUCAACCCUGCUUCAGCGGACACUGGAGCCGAUAUGAACUUUCAAAAGAAAUUAUAUAGAAUUAGUGAUUCUUCAGGCAACCUAAGCUUCAAAGAAGAAACCGGUGCUAUCAACAAAUCGCGCUUAGAUACCAAUGAUGUUUUCAUUUUCGAUGCUGUAUUUGUAUGGAUUGGACUUAAAUCGAAUGUUGUCGAAAAGAAAUAUUCCCUGCAAUAUGCCCAGGAUUAUAUUAAGAAACACGGCCGUCCGGAAUACACACCCAUCACUCGUGUCAUGGAAGGUGGAGAAAAUGAG